CUCUCAGCUUUGGAUGCCGUCUUCGGAUCCAUGUAUUCCGAUGAAAUCGAAAUCGAUCCAAAAGGUGUUAUAUCCGUACUAGCCACUGCCACACUAUUCCAUUUAGAUGGCAUUAUCGAUAAGUGUGCAGAGGUAAUGAUUGAGACCAUAAAUGCUGAAACUGCUAUAAAUUACUAUGAAGCUGCCUGUCAAUAUGGCUGUCAAAAUGUAAAGAAAUCAACAUUUGCUUGGUUGGAAACCAACCUCUUAUGCAUUUAUACAAAAUAUCCAAAUUUAUUAAGACAAAUUAGUAUAGAACUAAUGACUGCUCUAAUAACUAGUCCUGAUCUUUAUGUGAUGCAAACAGAAUUUUCACUGUAUACACUAUUACGCACAUGGAUUUAUUUGCGUUUAAAUCCAAAUUAUGAUCCAGAAAAUCCCCAACAUCAACAGGAAUUACAAUUGCAAUAUCAACAACAGCAGCAGCAAAUAGAAGCUAAUAAUGCAAAUGCAACUUUAGCUUCAUCUUCUUCCGCUGCAUCAUCAUCCUCUUCAUCUACAAACUCUAAUACUCCAGCUGAUAGCAAUACACCCUCUACGUCUACAGAUAUUAUACAGCAAUAUUUCACUAAUCGCCGCGAAAAACGUUCAUUUCUAUCAACGCCCGAGGGGCAGCAAUAUUUGAAACCCUUUCUGGCUUUACGCACCCAAUACUUAACCAAUCAUCAUAUGGAUUUGAAAAUUGUACUUAAUGACAAUAUUAUACCCAAAGAAUGGCUGCAUCAUCAUGUUCUUAGUCAUUGGAAUUCCAUACUUAAAGUGGAUCAUUUGCCAGAAGAGGGACCACAAAAUCUCGAAGCUGAUGUUUUCUAUGAAAAUUGCAUGCGUUGUGGUCGUAUACUCUUGGAGCCGGGCUAUCAGAAGUGGCGUUGGACUGGUUUCAAUUUUGGUUUAGAUCUUAUACUAAUAGCCGAUUCUAGAGUACUUAGUAUACGAAGACAUCAUCGUAAUGAACACGAACGCUUGUUGAGUUUACAAACAAAGAGACAAUUUAUGAUAAGAGCUUCCGUAACCUCUAUCAACUCUCAAAGGCAACCCACAUUUACUCAAAAAUCUGAUAUUAUCUCCUUGUGUUUGGAGAAAAAUGAAGAAGUUACUUUAAUGGUUAUGGAUGCCAAAUUAGUGCAUCCAUUAUUGAUCUCUGUAAAUAUAUUGGUUGUACCACCAACACCACAGACUUUUAAGCAAAACUUAAUAUGUGAUGAAUUUGCCAAUGCCUCAGUGCCUAUAUCGGAAAUAGGUGCAAAUUGUGAACGUACUACAACGCCCACUAACGGCAACGAUGAGUCAGCCGUUUGUGUUGUGCCACCUUCACCACCCAAUGCUUUACUAAUGCCGCCUCAAGCUACACAUCGUUCAUCCUCAACAACUUCAACUGUAUCUAGCACCUCAUCAACGGCUUCGUUCUCUUCUUCUUCGUCUGCAGACUUUUUGUAGAAUUAUAGAUUUUAAUAUAAAGGAAAAGAGAGAGAGGGAGGGCGUGUUGUAAAUGUUAAUUUAAAUGGUGCUGUGUGAUAAUAAAACCGCCAUAAGUGUUUAAAAUGCACUCUCGUUAUUUUAUUCUGAAGAAAAAGCAAAAGAAUAUAUUUGGAGGAUUGAUUCCAAAUUUGUUAUUUAUUUUUUUCAUUUAAUACUAUUUUUUUUUAAUUAAUUAAUUAAUUUUGUAAAUAUAUUAAUUAGUCUUACAAUUUGUUAUACUUAAUUACUGCAAAAUUUGUUUUUGCUUUCGUUUUUUAUCAUCCUUGAUUUACACAAUUAAUUGGUGUAAAAAUGGUAUUGCGAUUAUGGAAAUAUUUUCGUUUUUAUAUUUGCAACUGAAGUUUAAACAAAUUAAAUGUAAAUUUAGUUAUUAAGUUUUUUGUAUUUUUUAUAUUUUUAUAUAAAAAUAUAAUAGUUGUUUAU